GAUGCGCGGAGCCAACGAGGCGAAAUGGCGAGGGGAGGAGGAGAAGGAGGUGUGGAGGGGGAGGUCUGGCGGUGGCGAUGGCGAUGGAUCCACACUCAAGCAGAGGACGAAGAGGCGAUCGGAGUAGAACGAGGGGAGGAGAAGGUACUGCCGAGGUAGAAAAUGGCUACUUGCCCGGCUCCUCCUCCUCGCCAUAGCCACAUCCAAAGGGGUCUAAUCUGCAGCUUUUUUGCGAGGUCCUCGUCCCACGGGCCGCCCUCCAAUGGCCUUGGUGCUGAUGGCUCCCUGCGCGCGGUCCUCGCUCUUUUCGGUUCAGUCGUCGUUGUCGUCGUCAACGACCCUCCUCGUCCCGCAUGGCUGCCAUGCAAUUCUGCUGCCACUCAUGCCCAAGCUGCAACAACCGUCGCAGCGCUCGCCGCCACUUCAUGGGUGCCCCCUCGUUGUCCGUAGGAUCUCUUUUUUCUGCGGGUAUAGCUGCUGCGUCUUCUUGGUGGAGGUUCUUUUUCUCCACCUCCUUCCCGUCCAGGAAGGAUAUCCGCGCGAUCAUUGAAGGUGUGAUGACUUGGGGUUUUGUGAUUCGCCGGCCGAGCUCAUCCGUGAAGCUGCUUCAUUACAUUUCCCUUGGUAAUUAUUGUUCGAGAGAACUUAGCCUAGAUAAACGAGGGAGGAGCAAUCGUGGUAUGUGUUCAAGUGGGCGUUAAGGGGGCAAUCAAGGAAUAGCUUUUGUAAUAUAGGAUGUGAGCUGGAAUUCCGAGAAUGGGCCGCUGAAUGUCAUGGAGUUGUGCGAAUUGAGGAGGGAGGUGCGUGAGGCGCAAGCUUUGCUUGUUUUUGUUUUUUGUUUUUGUGUGGGCCCAACCCUGCACUCAGUGUUCUGGUGGGGUCUCGUUGGUAAUUGAAGCCACAGUCGAACAUCGAUUGGUGUCCUCCGAAAUGCGACGCUUGUGUUCUGUGCAAGGGCAUGAAUCAAGUAGCUAGGGUGACUUAGGUUAUGCAGUCUUGAAGCAUGAGGAGCCACUUUGUAACAUUUGGGAGACUGGGAGAGUCAAAGGGGUGGAGAGGCAGGAAAACGAAGUUUAGACCAGGGUUAUGGAAGAAGUAGGGCUUUACAAAUUGAAGAAGAUGAAAGCUUCAAAGGCACAGUGGGGAUACUCGUUGGUUAAUACGUUUUCGGGGUUUGAGCAUCUGGUCGCGUAUUACAGAGGGCGAGAAUGAACACCAUUCAUGACCGCCGGUUGGGCGUUGGUUUUGGGUGUCAUGUUAUGAGGAGGCUUCUGCUACAAGGAUCUCCCAAUGUGUUGUCCACUCCCACGCCAACAAGUUCUCAGAAACUGAGCAAGGGCGUGAUCUACCUUGUAGGUUUUGGUUUAGCUCUUGUUCUGGUUAUCGCAAUUUCGAUAUCAACAAUCGCCUAUUACUGUUACAAGAGACGAUCCACGGCUGUGAGCCCGUGGAAGCAAGGAAUGAGUGGGCAGCUGCAGCGCAUGUUUGACACUGAGGCUUCUCUCCUUAGAAGAGAGGAAGUCGAGGUGGCUUGCGAGGACUUUAGCAACAUCAUAGGUUCGUCUUUGGAUAAUAUCGUGUACAAAGGAACUCUCUCCAAUGGAACAGAGAUCGCUGCCACGAGCAUGCGUGUUUCUGUGGAGAACUGGAGCUCACAGAAGGAGUUGUCUUUCCGCCGGAAAGUUGAGGCGCUUGAGAGGAUGAAACAUCCUUACUUGGUUAACCUUGUUGGAUACUGCUCUGAAGAAGAGCCGUUCACUCGGAUUCUUGUCUUCGAAUAUGCCAGCAACGGAACUCUGCGUGAUCAUCUUCACAACAAGGAGAGUGAGCAUUUGGACUGGGCCACCCGCAUGCGCAUCAUCAUGGGGACAGCUUACGGGCUGUCGUACAUGCACCACGAGCUUGUCCCACCUGCGAGCCACCUCGAUUUGGACUCGAAUUCCAUCUUCUUGACUGAUGACUACGCUGCGAAGGUUGCGAAUUUCGAAGUGUCGAAGAUGUCAUUAGCCAGAAACGAACGUCAAAAGCACAGUUGGUUGGCUCCUAGGGUAGUUGGUUAUGAUGAUUCUGAGGGCUCGGAUCGCCAGUCCUGAUUUUGAGAGCAACAUAUACAGCUUUGGUAUUCGGUUGCUUGAGGUCAUUAGUGGAGGCGUUCCUCACAGUGAACUAACAGGAAAUCUCGUGGACUGGGCAAAUGAAUAUCUGAGCGAUCCCAAGAUGAUGUGGUAUAUGGUUGACCCUUCUCUUAAAUUGUACAACCACGAUGACCUGGUUGCGCUCUGCAAGAUUAUCCAACUGUGCCUCGCAUCCAAGAAUCGAAGGCCAUCCAUGCGGAAGAUUACGAACAUGCUAACAGAGGUCCUGAAAUUAUCUCCGGAGAUGGUUGGUCCAAAAUCGACGGCCUUAUUAUGGGCAGCGCUUGAGCUUCAAGAUGAUAAUCCCGAGUCACAGUGAAUUGAGAACUCCCUUCGAACUGAACAUCUGUAUUUUGUUUAGACGUUUUGGGGCUCUCACUUGUACAGUAGUGUUCACAAUGCCUUAUUUCCAAGUCCGAGCAGCUAGAUGGAUUUUUUCGUGAGGUAGGUUUGUAGGAAUUGAAAUAGGUGAGGGGCAAGAGCAUUUGCUCUAAUAUCAGGUUCAACCUUGUACUAAGGAACAUACAUUGCCAGACUUCACAGCCGACAGUGGUGUACAUAUUCAAGUUCACACAGAUUUUGUCCUUUCUUGCCAUCUGGUGUGGAGAGGAAAUAUAUACUUCUGUUUGAUGAUGA